GCGGGACACUGUCAACUGAAAGUGAAAGUCAAAAUAAGGAACACCCGUCAUAUAUGAUAUGAGAUAGCAUAAUACUUUAGUUACCAGCUUUAUCUUUUCUAAAUAAAAUUGUGAAAUAUUGUUCACGCUUUAAGUAUUUUUUAAAUGUCGGAUGUUCACCCUACCGCUAGGGACGGGUUUCAACAGGGUGCCCACUAUGACCUCCAUAGACCAUCCUACACUGAUGAAAUCGUGAAGUACACAAUCAGCAGGCUACUUCACACCAAUAAUGAAGGUGUCAAGUACACAGUCCUUGAGCUGGGGGCAGGGACUGGUCUCUUUACAAGGAAAAUGCUUCAAAACCUUCCUCGUGAGGUGACUUAUCUAGCCACAGAUCCCUCAGUCGGUUUUCUGUCUGUGCUGCGAGAACACAGUCCAGAUGUUACCACCGCGGUGUGUCAAGCCACCCAGAUACCAUUGCCUGACAGCUCAGUGGAGAACAUCCUGUGUGCCCAGUGCUUCCACUGGUUUGCCACAGAGGCUGCAUUGCAGGAGAUGACAAGAGUGUUGGUGCCUGGAGGAAGAAUAAUGUUAUUGUACAACAACAAAUUGUACAAAAGUGUGCAAUGGAUGACUCAAAUGGAGGCCAUUUUGGAUGAAUACUACGACCACACUCCAAGAAAGUUUUCCGGCCAAUGGCGGGAGACCAUGGAAUCGUCGCCCCUUGUGCGUUUCGUGGAACACAAGUUUAUGGAUGGUUUACCAGACAUGAAGGGAGACAAGAAUUUCGUCGUAGACCAUUUCACGUCCAUAAGCGUCAUUGCCAAGCUGACAGGAACAGAGUUCGAGGGUGCAGUUAAAAAGUUCCACAGAAUCUUGGAUGAGCACUUCCCUGGGGAGGAUGACAUUGUCAUGCCCUUGGACUCAGAAUUUUACUGUGUUGAAAAAUGCUAGUAUCUGUAUAGAGUUGGAAGCUGAGAUUCGUUUUUAAAUUUUAAUAGUAGAAAUUGUUUAGUUGCUAGAGGGAGAAAAUCAUGACUCUGUCACACAUUUAUAGGCCCCACGCAAUGGGAGGCAUUGAGCAUCUAUCUGUCUAUAUGUAGGUCCCUACAUACACACAGCUGAAGAUAUGUAUUCAAGUCCUUUUUAACUUGUUGAUGGAUCUCGCUCAAACUUGCACUGUUGAAUGACCUUAAUGUAUAGAUAUAUAUACAGGCUGUAUAUAGCCCCAUUGGGUUUUGAAAAUCACCAUUUACUGGGUGAAUCUCCCUCAAACAUUCACAUUUGAAUGCCUUUAAUGUUUAGAUGAUCAUAAGACAAAAAUGUCUGCCUCCAGAAUUAUGGCCCUUUGUCUGCUUUUACAUUGUAAAAACUUCCCUCUAACUACUGGGUGGAUUUUGCGCACACUUUCACAUUGAAUGACCCCAAUGUGUAGAUUUUUGGCUGCGAUGAAGUUAUGCAGAAUAAUGGCCCUUUGGCUGUUUUAUCACUAUGCAAUAAAUUGUCAGCAGAUUUUGCUCAAGGUUUCAUAGCUGAAUGAAAUUCAUGUGUUGAUGAUAAAUAAGGAAGAAAUGUUGACUGCAACAAUUUUGGCUGAAUGAUAGUUCUUGUUUAAUUGUAAAAGGAGUUUUUUUUUGUACAUUUUAUAGACUUAUAAUCAUGAAGUAUACUUUUAAGUAUUUAUAUCUUUAAAACAAUCUAUUGGCUGAACGGAAAGUUUAGACUACAGUUGUAAAAGUACUUAAAUAUAUCUAAACGCUUUUAAUAAUUUGUUUAUAGAUUUUAUUUAAAAAUUGGUCAUUUCAUAAAAAAUCACAGAUUUACAUCUUUGCAAAGUAAGUAGCAUUUGUGAUAUAUUGUCUCGGUGAUAUAUCAGAAAUAUUGUUCAUUGUCAUUUCAUUGUUAAUUGUAUGUUAUGAUUUUGCAAGUGUGAAAGUUACGUCUCGUAUAUAAGAAACUUAUUUUGUAGUGUUGGUUACUACCAUUAUUCUUAUUUAUGUGUAAAUCUAGGUGACAUUCAAAACAUAUUAACAUUGCAAUGUUUAGAAGGGAAAGAUAACCUUUCCCAGAAAUAUUUUGCCUGAAAGUUGUUAAACCCAAUUUUUUCUUACUACAUGUUUCUACAAAUAAAAUGGAAGUACAGCACAUACACAUUAAAUUGUAUGUAACUGUAGUUAUUAAGUGUGACUGUUUGAUAUCCUUUGUGAACAGAUUUAUAUAUAGAGACUUUUUAUAGAAAGUACAGUAGUGUUGUGUACAAUCAGGGUUCAACCUGGCAUUUAAUUUGUUAUGUAAAUGUGAAUGAUAACUUGUAUAUUGUGUGUUUUAAACCUGAAUAAAAAUCAAUCAAUCAA